AUGGCAAUAGAUAAAUUAGAUUCAGAAUUCUUGCGUCCUUUUUUGCAAGUCUCCAGGGACCCGGUCACAGAUUUAUCUGCGAUCCAAAGUCUUCCGGAUCUAAUCGAUUUCGACGCGGAUCACAACCCAGACCAUGUGUUUGCCUUGCAAGAAGUACGGCAGGGAGGAAAGUAUGUCAACCUGACUCCUGUCACCUUCAGUGAGCUUAAGCUCGCAGCCACAACCUGCGCACAUCUUAUCCGUAAGCGUUUGCCAGGAGGGCCACCCAAAGCUACAGGCGGGGAUGAAUCCGAAACCCGACGACCAGUUGCAUUAUUUCUUGAGAGCGAUAUUAAUCUAUUCGUCCAUCUUGCGGCUUUAUUGUACUUGAAUAUUCCUGUUCUCGUGCUCUCCAUCCGUCUUAACCCAGUGGCCAUCUCACACCUCCUGGAAUCAACAUCGGCCUGCGCUAUCAUUGUAUCACAGAGAAGCCAAGGGACAGUAGAUAAGGCAUUCGAAGUCCUCCCAUGGGAGCAGCAAAAGGAUUUGCACUUGGUACAAUGCUCUCCGUACCAACAGCUGUGCCGGCUCGCGUCAGAAGUGUCUUCAGAGGUCCUGGAACGUCGAAUACCCUCAGAUAAAGAGACGGCAAUUAUACUUCACUCGUCUGGCACGACAGGAGUUCCGAAGCCUAUUUUCUUAGCACAUCGAUACUUGCUGGGAUAUGCAGCAUGCCAUCGCCUGGAGCCAAAUCAAUGUCUCGGCAAACGGAGCGUAUCCACACUUCCGAUGUACCAUGGCUUUGGCUUACUUGGGCCAUGUAUCAGCUUGGCAACUGGGAACACAUGUUGCUUGCCGUCAGCCUCCGUCAUUCCGUCCGCCAGCUCAAUAGCCGAAUUGAUUGAGGAGUCUGCGAGCUGCUCUUUAAUGACAGUCCCAAGCAUUCUCGAAGAAGCCAAGAACAAUUCAAAUCUGAUGCGAGCAUUGAUAGGAUUGGACUUCGUGGCCGUAGGAGGCGGUGCAAUUAAGCCCGCCAUUGGUGAGCUCCUGGUCUCCAAUGGAGUCACGUUGCUUAACCACUACGGCGCCACAGAAAUCGGGGCCAUUGCCCCGAUCUUCGUGCCUGGGAAUGACUAUGACUGGCAUUAUCUGCGCAUUCGUAACGACAUGGGUCUUGAGAUCAAGGAAGUCGAGGAGAAGGAUGAAAAUGGUGUCCCGUUCUACCAGUUGGUCGGCCAUCCUUUUGGUUGGGAUCGCCCUUUUGUACUCCAAGACCUUUUGCGACGGCGACCAGGAUCUGCGCAUAUUGAAGUGGCAAUUCUGGGCCGCAAUGAUGACCUUUUGGUCCUGUCCACCGGAGAGAAAGUUCUCCCCAAUCGGUUUGAGAUCACGCUUAGCAGGCAAGAAGGGGUGAAGACAGCUGUCGUAUUCGGACAGAACCGCGAAGAAGUUGGAGUUCUGAUAGAGCCAGAAGUACCUCUUGAGAAUGAUGGCGUGGAAACUCUCGUGGAGCGGAUCUGGAAGAUAGUGCAGCAGGAAAACAUUUCCUUGGACCGCCAUGCGCGUAUCGCAUCCAAGAGCAUGAUCCUGGUCAAAACCUCAGAAAAGGUGUUGCCAAGGUCGGAUAAGGGAUCUGUCAUGCGUCGUGAGACAUACGAUCUCUUUGCACAGGAGAUUGAAGAAGCCUAUACUACUUCUAACACCCAGGACUCGUUUUCUUUCACCCUGGAAAAUAAUCCCGACCAAAUCAUCGACAGCUUGCGUGUCAUGGUCCAGACUUGUGUGCAGGACCGGGGGUUGCCCGUUGCCAACUGGGCAGAUUCGGAUGACUGGUUUGAACUGGGCAUGGAUUCCCUGGAAGCAACGCGUUUGGCUCGUAUGCUGAGCCAUGUGUCUAACAAAGACUCAUUUCCGGUACUGACCUCCAGAAAAAUACAGCCUUCUUUCGUCUACCAGCAUCCGAGCUUCAAUACACUGUCCGAGCGAUUAUUAGCAGGUGCUGGCAGCGACGAAACAAAUGGUGCGUCGUUGGACACGAAAUUAAAUCAGAUGCUUGAUCUAGCAUCGAAGUACACUCCUGCCUGUUCUGCGGGUUGGAUUGUGCUACUCACAGGCGCAACAGGUCAUCUUGGGGUACAUCUAUUGGAUCAGCUGUUGCGCAACGUGAAUGUAUCACAGAUUAUCUGUCUCAGUCGGUCGCAUCAAGGACUGGACCCCAGGAAUCGGCAACAACAAGCCAACAGUGCGCGUGGGAUCACUCUCUCAGAAUCCGCAUGGACAAAAAUCAGGUUCUUGUCGUCAAACCAACUACAUCAGCCUGAGUUGGGCUUACCACAUAAGGAAUAUCGUCACCUAGUGCGAACAGUAACCCACGUCAUCCAUAGUGCGUGGCCAAUGGACUUCCAAAGGAGUCUUUUGUCAUUCGAGCCCCAGAUCCAGACAGUGCGAAGGCUAGUCGACCUUUGCGCAGACUGUCAUCGGAAGCAACGCCUUUCGUCUCCUCCCCGAUUGCUAUUCACGUCCUCCAUUGCGAUUAGCGCGCGCUGCGCAAGUCGGAGAAAAAUACCAGAAGCGCCAAUCCUAGACCCCUCAGCCACGGCAGAUAUGGGCUACGCUCAGGCCAAGUGGGUAUGUGAACGGAUCCUAAUUGAAGCAGCCAAGACGCGGCGCGAUCUCCUGCAACCAAGCAUCGUACGCCUGGGUCAGUUGACCGGGAGCACGCACUCGGGGAUUUGGAACUCCAACGAGCACUUUCCAGCAAUUCUCAAGGCAUCCCAGCUUAUCGGGGCCUUGCCAGAAUUGGACGGGUCCUUCUCGUGGAUCCCGAUUGACACAGCUGCGAAAUCUAUUGUGGAGAUCCUCUCGUCACAGUCGGAAGGCCCUCUCCAGAAUAUCAUAUAUCACAUUGAGAACCCGAUCCGUCAAGCUUGGAAACCCCUGCUGCCCAUUCUUGCCAGCAAAUUGAGGUUGGAGACGCCACUGCCCGUCUCAUUCGGGACUUGGCUUGAGCGCGCAUCGUCGAUGGCGUGUACUGAGGCAAACUUGAAUUAG